UUUGACACACUCAAUUGAAAUGAAUGCCUUCCCGUUAAAAUGUUCUCAGUGCACACUCAGCACUCAGUGAACAGGCGACUGAACAAUGGUGCAAAGUAUUACACAUCUAUAGAGUCUAGGUUACUGUAAAUUACGCUGUAAUUAUUAUUUGAGAAGCAAUACGUUCUGAGUAGAAAAUAGUAUAUUAAUAGCUUAUUAUUAUCGCGCAUAUAAUUUCUAGGCAAAUUGCAGACGUGUUUUUACGGUUAUGCAAUCUGGUACAAAAUUUUCCCAAGCUGCCCUGGGACGAGACUGCGUAGUCGUCUGAGAGGGUGCACUGCACGCUGCUAGCAGCCUCAAGCAAAAUAAAAAUGGCUGCGUGUGCAUUACGACGCGGUUUACUUUCUACAGUUAGCAAAUACAAUAAAAAACACACACUUCGGGUAUUGAAUGUUGAAUACAGCAGCAGACGUGAACUGAACAGGCUUCGUUUACCCUGUUCUGCAUGCAACCUUUUCAACGUCCAGCAGGCCCGGUAUCUGUCGUCACGAAACAGGCCUGAGGGUAAGGUGUUGGAGACAGUGGGAGUGUUUGAGGCACCAAAACAGCACGGAAAAUAUGAAACAGGACAGCUCUUCCUGCACAGUGUUUUUGGGUACAGGGGGAUAGUGCUGUUCCCCUGGCACGCUCGGCUCUAUGACCGCGAUGUCACGCCCCCGACGGGUGAAAGUAAGCCAGAGCCUCCAGGGGCCCAUGGGUCGAAGGAAGUUAAGGGCAAAACGCACACAUACUACCAGGUCCUGAUAGACACAAGGGACUGUCCACACAUAUCUCAGAGAUCCCAGACAGAGGCAGUGACGUUCCUGGCCAAUCACGAUGACAGCAGGGCCCUGUAUGCUAUUCCAGGUUUGGACUAUGUGAGCCACGAGGACAUCCUGCCCUAUAACUCUACUGACCAGAUUCCCAUUCAGCAUGAACUGUUUGAGCGCUUCCUCAUGUUCAACCCCUCUAAAGUUCCCCCCUUCAUCCCUAGGGACACGCUGCGGGCGUGGCAGGAGAAGAACCACCCCUGGCUGGAGCUGUCGGACGUGCACCGGGAGACCACCGAGAGCAUCCGCGUCACCGUCAUCCCCUUCUACAUGGGCAUGAGGGAAGCUCAGAAUUCGCACGUCUACUGGUGGCGCUACUGCAUCCGGCUGGAGAACAUGGGCGCUGAGGUGGUGCAGCUGAGGGAGCGCCACUGGAGGAUCUUCAGCCUGUCGGGGACCCUGGAGACGGUCCGGGGCCGAGGGGUCGUGGGCCGGGAGCCAGUGUUGUCCAAAGAGCAGCCAGCCUUUCAGUACAGCAGCCACGUCUCCCUGCAGGCGCCCAGCGGACACAUGUGGGGGACGUUCUCCUGCCAGCGGGCCAAUGGCGGCAUGUUGGACGUUGCCAUCCCGUCCUUCUCUCUGGACAGCCACGGGCACUCUGACGGACCCUACUCGUUCCUCUUCUGAGUCGCGCCAUAGUGUUCUCAAUGCUUUUUGUUCUGUGCCAGCUACCGAAUCUUACGAUGUACAGUGGGCUUUCUGCUGGAGAUUCAGUUUUUGCAUCCAAGGCGAGAGUGGUCCACUCAAUAGAUUCGAUCGUUUUGAUGUUGAGUCUUUUCUCUGUGACAUUUUAAGUUUUAAAAAAAAAAAAAACAUUUUUUUCCCUUUUUUGUGAGAAUUUGCUAUUCUCAGCUCAUAUGUAGUUGCAGUUUUGAUGUGAACUUAGCUUUACAGAAUAUGUUAACAUAAGGGGGACAGUACACUUAGCUGCAUUUAUUCUGCGGUUGGAGCUUUUAUGGAUGGGGAAGCGUUUACUUUCUUAACCGCUGUCUGCAGACCACAUAAAACCUCAUUUCUCUGUUAUACAUUCACAACAGUACUUCAGUUUUACCUCAGCCAGACAGACCUCUCAGUAAUCACACAAAACUACCUCAUACAAAACUGCCAUACCAGGUGGUACAAAGCACGUCAAAUUACCUUUCAAAACUCAUUUUAGUUACGUCUGUGUGGUUUUUUUGUGUCAGCAUGUAAGAUUGAAGUAAAAGGAGGCUAAAAAAAAAAAAAGUAAAAAAUCUCCAUUUUUAGACGGACCUGUACGUGUGCCAGCAAAAGCCUGCUGGGCGACCUGAGUGCCAGAGCUUCUCAUGAUUUUGAGCGAUCAGCAUAACUUAUUUUUAAAAAAUGGAAUGUGGGUCUUGCCGUUUCAUUUCCUGCACUGCAUUUGACCUUGACGUAUUUCAGUACAUUACGUUCACUUGGAUGCUCCAGAAAAUAACUUUCAUUAGCUGUUUUUAUGUUGUGAGGCUGGAGUUUGCAAGGCAAAUUCUUGGUUUCAUUGCUUGGCUACAGAGCUUACUAUUGAUAUUAAUCCUUCUGUACAGUAUAGUUCUAGUUAGUUGGAGUGGAGCAGUGAUGUGAAGACCCAAUGACACCAUCGCUGUGCCCCACCCACUAGGGUCGGAGAGGGUGGAGUCAGUGCAGACCAGUCAGGUGGGGCUUUAUUUCAGUAUUUCUCUAACCCAGGCCCCACUGUGCAUAUAGGCCAUCUGAGAAGUCCAGUGUACUCAGUCAGACCAAGUUAACCUGGCUAGUUCUUUUCCUCUUGGAGCUGUUUGACUGCCCUCAAACUUUAAUUGUCUUUUUAGUCGGGGCUUUGUUUCAUGAGAGGUUCAAAGUCAGUUCCCUGGCUUCUUCCUGAGUAAUGUGCCUGCCUUCAAUCUGAGACAUUUUGUAAUUGUAGCUGUUAUGAACCGUUGAGAAUAAUACAUUCGAAAUGGUUAUGGACAGUCCUAUAACUGUUGCCCAAGCUUGUCAUGUGUAGUUGUGUAUAUGAACAAGUUUGCCAUGAGCUGUUGACUUCCCCUGUUGUAGCUUUUGAAAAUCUGGACCUCGCCACCCAAACACUGAAAGGGGCCAAGUCUGGACUGGAACACGAACAAUAAACUAACUAAAAAA